AAACUGAUGUCAGUGCAAUUAUUGAGGGCAAAAUGAACGUUAUUGUUGAUAACCUUGUUUACAAUUAUGCACAGUGCAAACUCCAUCAAACUAAACUAAAAACAAAAAGAAGAAUUAAUUGACGUAACAUAUCAGACACGAGACAUCUGUUUUAUUAAAAGUUUUAAUUCCCUCACUUCAUAAGGUAAAACAUGCCCAAAGACACAGAAUUAUUUUCUAUCCAAAGCAACGCUUUAAGUUCAAUUGUAAAAGUAUACAACAAAACUGAAGAAUCGUUAGCUGAAGAUGUACUACGCUUAAAAAACUGGAUUAAAGAUCAGCAUCACCUUCCCGAAAUUUUAGAUGACAAAAGAGUGCAAAAUUUUUUAAUCUUAAAUAAAUGUAACAUAGAAAAAACAAAAGUUAAAAUUGACAUGUACUACACCUUUCGAAGUCAGGUACCUGAUUUGGUCAAAAAUAUCAAUCCUCGUUGUUCAAUCAUGAAAGAAGUGGCAACGCUAGUAUACCUUGUAUUCUUACCAAAAAUGACCAAGGAUAUGUACAGAGUAUUUGUGGCUAAAUGCCGAACUAAAGACAAACUGGACCAAAUUGAUGUCUAUGACGUACUUAAAACGGCUGUUAACUUGCAAGAAAUAAGGUUAAAAGAAGAUAUCAUGUUCGGAGAUGUGAUCAUUUUUGAUUUAGAAGGGACUUCCGUACGUUUUUUGUCAAAACUGACACCAACUUUUCUGAUGACAUUCAUAACUUUGUAUAAAAAAGUAUAUUCUCUUCCACUGAAAGGUGUGUACUUGAUUAAUAGUGUCCCUUACGUGGAAACGAUACUAACCAUCGUCAAGGCUCUCGUCACACCUAAAUUAUUCGGAAGGAUUCAUGUGUGCAAAGACGCGAAUAUUUUAAAGGAGCACUUUCCUUUAGAGAUGUUACCUAAGGAUUACGGUGGUACCGAAAAGUCAAUCGAGGAAUUGCAUGAAUUAUACCCCCUUAAGUAUCAAGAAUAUCAAGACCGUUUCGAUCUCCUGGAUAAAUUGAGAGUGAAUGAGAGUUUAAGGCCAGCCAGACUUGCAGACGGAAACGACGAAUUUUUGGGAUAUCAUGACAAUUUUAAAAAGUUAGAGAUUGACUAACACUUAUUUUGUACUUUAUCCAAAGAUUAUUUGCCUUGCUUAGUAUGACAUCUGUAUAAUGAGGGUACAAUUAGUUUAUUGAAAAUUUAUGUAUUUUAAAAUCAUUUUAUUGCAUGUUGAUAUUUAGGUAGCCACGCUGUAGAUUAUUAUUUAUUAGAUAGUUUUCUUGAAAGGUUCACUUCAAAUAUGUCUCGAACUGCUGAAAAUUAAAAAUUAAUGACAGUGAGAUUAUUUUGGAUACAAUGGAACUCAGUGUAAUUAACCUAAAUAUGUAUAACGAAGAAAGGAAAAAAUAUAUAAAAAGUAAAUGCUGUAUGGAUCAUAGAUGUGAAGAAUCUGCUUUAGCUAACAGACUACAAAAUUUAUAUAAUGGUACACUCAAAAGUUCAUCAACGAUUCGAGUUAUCUUUAAACUUUUUAAGCCAUCUGCACCCCAUAAGGUAAAAAACAAUAACAAAACACCCUAAAUCAUUUCAUAACCAAAACGACGCUCUGAGUUGAGAUGUGCAAGUUUUCAACAAAACUGAAGAAUCAAUUUUUCGAUAUUUCAGAUUUACGAUAUUUCAGUGUUGACGUGUUUCAGUAUUUUGAAUCUUCAAUUUUGCCAUUUUUGAUUUGAAGUGCAUGUUUUUUAAAACAUGUUUAGAGUUACCAAAUGAAACUUAAAUUGGAGGAAUAUGACGAUAAACUGGAAAAACUGCCGUUAAAUCAAUGGAGCCUUCAAAAGCAAAACAAUUCUGAAUUUUUAAGAUGCAAUAAAAGGUAAAAAAAGCUGCGUUGAUUAAAUUAUUAUCAGAAUAUUUAGGACAAAAUCAAUGGCAUUGUUGUUGACCUUGUUUGUAAUUAUGCACUAUGCAACUAGAAAAACGAAAAAGAAAUUAAUUGACGUAAAAUAUCAGACAUGAAAAACCCGUUUUACCUAUAAAUUUUUUCAAAAAUUCCUUUAUUAACAUUCAAUCAACUCCAAAACCAUUAAUCCUCUCACUUCAUAAGGUAAAACAUGCCUAAAGACACAGAACUAUUUUCUGUCCAAAGCAACGCUCUGAGUUCAAUUCUAAAAGUAUACGACAAAACUGAAGAAUCGUUGGCUGAAGAUGUCCUAAACUUAAAAGACUGGAUGAAAGGUCAGCAUCACCUUCCCGAAAUCUUAAAUGACAAACGUGUGCAAAAUUUUCUAAUCUUAAAUAAAUGUAAUGUGGAAAAAGCAAAAAAAAAAUAUAGACAAUUAUUACAGUUUCCGAAGUCAGGUACCUGAUUUAGCCGAAAAUAUGAAUCCUCGUUGCUCAAACAUAAAAGAAGUGGAUAAGCUAAUAUACCAUGUACCCUUACCAAAAAUGACCAAGGAUAUGUACAGAGUGUUCCUGCAGAAAUACCGAAUUAAAGACAAAGUGGGGCAAAUUGAUCCCUAUGACCUACUUAAAAUGGCUUACAACUUGCAUGAAAUUCGAUUGAAAGAAGAUGUUAUGUGUGGAGAUGUGAUCAUUUUUGACUUAAAAGGAACAUCCAUGCGUUUAUUGUCAAAACUAACACCAGCUUUUCUCGUGACAUUCAUCACUUUGUAUAAGAAAAUAUUUUCUCUUCCACUGAAGGGUCUGUACAUAAUUAAUAUUGUCCCUUACGUCAGCACACUACUAUCUGUUUUUAAGACUCUCGUUAAACCUAAAUUAUUUGCAAGGGUUCAUGUGUGUAACGAUGCGAAUAUUUUAAAGGAGCACUUUCCUUUAGAAAUGUUACCAAGGGAUUACGGUGGUACCGAAAAGUCAAUCGAGGAAUUGCAUGAAUUAUGCCACCUUAAGUAUCAAGAAUAUCAAGACCGUUUCGAUCUACUGGAUAAAUUGAGAGUGGAUGAGAGUUUAAGACCUGCCAUACUUGAAAAUGAAAACACGAAUUUUUGGGAUAUCAUGGCAAUUUUAGAAAGUUAAACAUUGACUAACAUUUAUUUUGCACUUUAUCGAAAUAUUGUUUUCCAUGGAUAUAUAUGUAAUAAGGAUAGAAUUACCUAAUUGCAAAUUUAAGUUUUCAAAUUUUCAUUUAUUCGAAUUUUUAAAUUCACGAUUUUUCGACUUCGACGUUAUUGUUGUUAACCUUGUUUGUAAUUAUGCACAGUGAAGCCUCCAAAACUAAACUAAACACAAAAAACCUGUUCUAUUAAAAGUUUUAAUUCCCUCACUUCAUAAAGUAAAACAUGCCUAAACACACAGAACUAUUUUCUGUCCAAAGCAACGCUCUGAGUUCAAUUGUAAAAGUAUACAAUAAAACUGAAGAAUCGUUGGCUGAAGAUGUCCUAAGCUUAAAAAAAUGGAUGAAUGAUCAGCAUCACCUUCCCGAAAUUUUAGAUGACAAAAGUGUGCAAAAUUUUUUAAUCUUAAAUAAAUGUAACAUAGAAAAAGCAAAAGCUAAAAUUGACAUGUACUACACCUUUCGAAGUCAGGUACCUGAUAUGGUCAAAAAUAUCAAUCCUCGUUGUUCAAUCAUGAAAGAAGUGGCAACGCUAGUAUACCUUGUAUUCUUACCAAAAAUGACCAAGGAUAUGUACAGAGUAUUUGUGGCUAAAUGCCGAACUAAAGACAAACUGGACCAAAUUGAUCUCUAUGACGCACUUAAAAUGGCUGCUAACUUGCAAGAAAUAAGGUUAAAAGAAGAUAUCAUGUUCGGAGAUGUGAUCAUUUUUGAUUUAGAAGGGACUUCCGUACGUUUUUUGUCAAAACUGACACCAACUUUUCUGAUGACAUUCAUAACUUUGUAUAAAAAAGUAUAUUCUCUUCCACUGAAAGGUGUGUACUUGAUUAAUAGUGUCCCUUACGUGGAAACGAUACUAACCAUCGUCAAGGCUCUCGUCACACCUAAAUUAUUCGGAAGGAUUCAUGUGUGCAAAGACGCGAAUAUUUUAAAGGAGCACUUUCCUUUAGAGAUGUUACCUAAGGAUUACGGUGGUACCGAAAAGUCAAUCGAGGAAUUGCAUGAAUUAUACCCCCUUAAGUAUCAAGAAUAUCAAGACCGUUUCGAUCUCCUGGAUAAAUUGAGAGUGAAUGAGAGUUUAAGGCCAGCCAGACUUGCAGACGGAAACGACGAAUUUUUGGGAUAUCAUGGCAAUUUUAAAAAGUUAGAGAUUGACUAACACUUAUUUUGUACUUUAUCCAAAGAUUAUUUGCCUUGCUUAGUAUGACAUCUGUAUAAUGAGGGUACAAUUAGUUUAUUGAAAAUUUAUGUAUUUUAAAAUCAUUUUAUUGCAUGUUGAUAUUUAGGUAGCCACGCUGUAGAUUAUUAUUUAUUAGAUAGUUUUCUUGAAAGGUUCACUUCAAAUAUGUCUCGAACUGCUGAAAAUUAAAAAUUAAUGACAGUGAGAUUAUUUUGGAUACAAUGGAACUCAGUGUAAUUAACCUAAAUAUGUAUAACGAAGAAAGGAAAAAAUAUAUAAAAAGUAAAUGCUGUAUGGAUCAUAGAUGUGAAGAAUCUGCUUUAGCUAACAGACUACAAAAUUUAUAUAAUGGUACACUCAAAAGUUCAUCAACGAUUCGAGUUAUCUUUAAACUUUUUAAGCCAUCUGCACCCCAUAAGGUAAAAAACAAUAACAAAACACCCUAAAUCAUUUCAUAACCAAAACGACGCUCUGAGUUGAGAUGUGCAAGUUUUCAACAAAACUGAAGAAUCAAUUUUUCGAUAUUUCAGAUUUACGAUAUUUCAGUGUUGACGUGUUUCAGUAUUUUGAAUCUUCAAUUUUGCCAUUUUUGAUUUGAAGUGCAUGUUUUUUAAAACAUGUUUAGAGUUACCAAAUGAAACUUAAAUUGGAGGAAUAUGACGAUAAACUGGAAAAACUGCCGUUAAAUCAAUGGAGCCUUCAAAAGCAAAACAAUUCUGAAUUUUUAAGAUGCAAUAAAAGGCAACGCUCUGAGUUCAAUUCUAAAAGUAUACGACAAAACUGAAGAAUCGUUGGCUGAAGAUGUCCUAAACUUAAAAGACUGGAUGAAAGGUCAGCAUCACCUUCCCGAAAUCUUAGAUGACAAACGUGUGCAAAAUUUUCUAAUCUUGAAUAAAUGUAAUGUGGAAAAAGCAAAAAAAAAAUAUAGACAAUUAUUACAGUUUCCGAAAUCAGGUACCUGAUUUAACCGAAAAUAUGAAUCCUCGUUGCUCAAACAUAAAAGAAGUGAAUAAGCUAAUAUACCAUGUACCCUUACCAAAAAUGACCAAGGAUAUGUACAGAGUGUUCCUGCAGAAAUACCGAAUUAAAGACAAAGUGGGGCAAAUUGAUCCCUAUGACCUACUUAAAAUGGCUUACAACUUGCAUGAAAUUCGAUUGAAAGAAGAUGUUAUGUGUGGAGAUGUGAUCAUUUUUGACUUAGAAGGAACAUCCAUGCGUUUAUUGUUAAAACUAACACCAGUUUUUUUAUAUACACAAAUAAAUAACAAAAUGAUAACAUUUUUUUUCUUACAGAAAAUAUUUUCUCUUCCACUGAAGGGUAUGUACAAUUGUACAUAAUUAAUACUGUCCCUUACGUCAGCACACUACUAGCUGUUUUUAAGACUCUCGUUAAACCUAAAUUAUUUGCAAGGGUUCAUGUGUGUAACGACGCGAAUAUUUUAAAAGAGCACUUUCCUUUAGAAAUGUUACCAAGGGAUUACGGUGGCACCGAGAAGUCAGUCGACGAAUUGCAUGAAUUAUGCGAACUAAAGCUUCAAGAAUAUCAAGAUCGUUUCGAUCUACUGGAUAAAUUGAGAGUGAAUGAAAGUUUAAGGCCAGCCAUACUUGAAAAUGAAAACGACGAAUUUUUGGGAUAUCAUGGCAAUUUUAGAAAGUUAAACAUUGACUAACAUUUAUUUUGCACUUUAUAGAAAUAUUGUUUUCCAUGGAUAUACUCGUAUAUGUAAUAAGGGAAUUUGUUAAUUGCAAAUUUAGUUUUCAAAUUUUCAUUUAUUCGAAUUUUUAAAUUCACGAUUUUUCGACUUCGACGUCAUUGUUGUUAACCUUGUUUGUAAUUACGCACAGUGAAGCCUCCAAAACUAAACUAAAAACAAAAAACCUGUUUUAUUAAUAGUUUUAAUUCCCUCACUUCAUAAAGUAAAACAUGCCUAAACACACAGAACUAUUUUCUGUCCAAAGCAACGCUCUGAGUUCAAUUGUAAAAGUAUACAAUAAAACUGAAGAAUCGUUGGCUGAAGAUGUCCUAAACUUAAAAAAAUGGAUGAAAGAUCAGCAUCACCUUCCCGAAAUUUUAGAUGACAAAAGUGUGCAAAAUUUUUUAAUCUUAAAUAAAUGUAACAUAGAAAAAGCAAAAGCUAAAAUUGACAUGUACUACACCUUUCGAAGUCAGGUACCUGAUAUGGUCAAAAAUAUCAAUCCUCGUUGUUCAAUCAUGAAAGAAGUGGCAACGCUAGUAUACCUUGUAUUCUUACCAAAAAUGACCAAGGAUAUGUACAGAGUAUUUGUGGCUAAAUGCCGAACUAAAGACAAACUGGACCAAAUUGAUCUCUACGACGUACUUAAAAUGGCUGCUAACUUGCAAGAAAUAAGGUUAAAAGAAGAUAUCAUGUUCGGAGAUGUGAUCAUUUUUGAUUUAGAAGGGACUUCCGUACGUUUUUUGUCAAAACUGACACCAACUUUUCUGAUGACAUUCAUAACUUUGUAUAAAAAAGUAUAUUCUCUUCCACUGAAAGGUGUGUACUUGAUUAAUAGUGUCCCUUACGUGGAAACGAUACUAACCAUCGUCAAGGCUCUCGUCACACCUAAAUUAUUCGGAAGGAUUCAUGUGUGCAAAGACGCGAAUAUUUUAAAGGAGCACUUUCCUUUAGAGAUGUUACCUAAGGAUUACGGUGGUACCGAAAAGUCAAUCGAGGAAUUGCAUGAAUUAUACCCCCUUAAGUAUCAAGAAUAUCAAGACCGUUUCGAUCUCCUGGAUAAAUUGAGAGUGAAUGAGAGUUUAAGGCCAGCCAGACUUGCAGACGGAAACGACGAAUUUUUGGGAUAUCAUGGCAAUUUUAAAAAGUUAGAGAUUGACUAACACUUAUUUUGUACUUUAUCCAAAGAUUAUUUGCCUUGCUUAGUAUGACAUCUGUAUAAUGAGGGUACAAUUAGUUUAUUGAAAAUUUAUGUAUUUUAAAAUCAUUUUAUUGCAUGUUGAUAUUUAGGUAGCCACGCUGUAGAUUAUUAUUUAUUAGAUAGUUUUCUUGAAAGGUUCACUUCAAAUAUGUCUCGAACUGCUGAAAAUUAAAAAUUAAUGACAGUGAGAUUAUUUUGGAUACAAUGGAACUCAGUGUAAUUAACCUAAAUAUGUAUAACGAAGAAAGGAAAAAAUAUAUAAAAAGUAAAUGCUGUAUGGAUCAUAGAUGUGAAGAAUCUGCUUUAGCUAACAGACUACAAAAUUUAUAUAAUGGUACACUCAAAAGUUCAUCAACGAUUCGAGUUAUCUUUAAACUUUUUAAGCCAUCUGCACCCCAUAAGGUAAAAAAUAAUAACAAAACACCCUAAAUCAUUUCAUAACCAAAACGACGCUCUGAGUUGAGAUGUGCAAGUUUUCAACAAAACUGAAGAAUCAAUUUUUCGAUAUUUCAGAUUUACGAUAUUUCAGUGUUGACGUGUUUCAGUAUUUUGAAUCUUCAAUUUUGCCAUUUUUGAUUUGAAGUGCAUGUUUUUUAAAACAUGUUUAGAGUUACCAAAUGAAACUUAAAUUGGAGGAAUAUGACGAUAAACUGGAAAAACUGCCGUUAAAUCAAUGGAGCCUUCAAAAGCAAAACAGUUCUGAAUUUUUAAGAUGCAAUAAAAGGUAAAACAUGCCUAAAGACACAGAACUAUUUUCUGUCCAAAGCAACGCUCUGAGUUCAAUUCUAAAAGUAUACGACAAAACUGAAGAAUCGUUGGCUGAAGAUGUCCUAAACUUAAAAGACUGGAUGAAAGGUCAGCAUCACCUUCCCGAAAUCUUAAAUGACAAACGUGUGCAAAAUUUUCUAAUCUUAAAUAAAUGUAAUGUGGAAAAAGCAAAAAAAAAAUAUAGACAAUUAUUACAGUUUCCGAAGUCAGGUACCUGAUUUAGCCGAAAAUAUGAAUCCUCGUUGCUCAAACAUAAAAGAAGUGGAUAAGCUAAUAUACCAUGUACCCUUACCAAAAAUGACCAAGGAUAUGUACAGAGUGUUCCUGCAGAAAUACCGAAUUAAAGACAAAGUGGGGCAAAUUGAUCCCUAUGACCUACUUAAAAUGGCUUACAACUUGCAUGAAAUUCGAUUGAAAGAAGAUGUUAUGUGUGGAGAUGUGAUCAUUUUUGACUUAAAAGGAACAUCCAUGCGUUUAUUGUCAAAACUAACACCAGCUUUUCUCGUGACAUUCAUCACUUUGUAUAAGAAAAUAUUUUCUCUUCCACUGAAGGGUCUGUACAUAAUUAAUAUUGUCCCUUACGUCAGCACACUACUAUCUGUUUUUAAGACUCUCGUUAAACCUAAAUUAUUUGCAAGGGUUCAUGUGUGUAACGAUGCGAAUAUUUUAAAGGAGCACUUUCCUUUAGAAAUGUUACCAAGGGAUUACGGUGGUACCGAAAAGUCAAUCGAGGAAUUGCAUGAAUUAUGCCACCUUAAGUAUCAAGAAUAUCAAGACCGUUUCGAUCUACUGGAUAAAUUGAGAGUGGAUGAGAGUUUAAGACCUGCCAUACUUGAAAAUGAAAACACGAAUUUUUGGGAUAUCAUGGCAAUUUUAGAAAGUUAAACAUUGACUAACAUUUAUUUUGCACUUUAUCGAAAUAUUGUUUUCCAUGGAUAUAUAUGUAAUAAGGAUAGAAUUACCUAAUUGCAAAUUUAAGUUUUCAAAUUUUCAUUUAUUCGAAUUUUUAAAUUCACGAUUUUUCGACUUCGACGUUAUUGUUGUUAACCUUGUUUGUAAUUAUGCACAGUGAAGCCUCCAAAACUAAACUAAACACAAAAAACCUGUUCUAUUAAAAGUUUUAAUUCCCUCACUUCAUAAAGUAAAACAUGCCUAAACACACAGAACUAUUUUCUGUCCAAAGCAACGCUCUGAGUUCAAUUGUAAAAGUAUACAAUAAAACUGAAGAAUCGUUGGCUGAAGAUGUCCUAAGCUUAAAAAAAUGGAUGAAUGAUCAGCAUCACCUUCCCGAAAUUUUAGAUGACAAAAGUGUGCAAAAUUUUUUAAUCUUAAAUAAAUGUAACAUAGAAAAAGCAAAAGCUAAAAUUGACAUGUACUACACCUUUCGAAGUCAGGUACCUGAUAUGGUCAAAAAUAUCAAUCCUCGUUGUUCAAUCAUGAAAGAAGUGGCAACGCUAGUAUACCUUGUAUUCUUACCAAAAAUGACCAAGGAUAUGUACAGAGUAUUUGUGGCUAAAUGCCGAACUAAAGACAAACUGGACCAAAUUGAUCUCUAUGACGCACUUAAAAUGGCUGCUAACUUGCAAGAAAUAAGGUUAAAAGAAGAUAUCAUGUUCGGAGAUGUGAUCAUUUUUGAUUUAGAAGGGACUUCCGUACGUUUUUUGUCAAAACUGACACCAACUUUUCUGAUGACAUUCAUAACUUUGUAUAAAAAAGUAUAUUCUCUUCCACUGAAAGGUGUGUACUUGAUUAAUAGUGUCCCUUACGUGGAAACGAUACUAACCAUCGUCAAGGCUCUCGUCACACCUAAAUUAUUCGGAAGGAUUCAUGUGUGCAAAGACGCGAAUAUUUUAAAGGAGCACUUUCCUUUAGAGAUGUUACCUAAGGAUUACGGUGGUACCGAAAAGUCAAUCGAGGAAUUGCAUGAAUUAUACCCCCUUAAGUAUCAAGAAUAUCAAGACCGUUUCGAUCUCCUGGAUAAAUUGAGAGUGAAUGAGAGUUUAAGGCCAGCCAGACUUGCAGACGGAAACGACGAAUUUUUGGGAUAUCAUGGCAAUUUUAAAAAGUUAGAGAUUGACUAACACUUAUUUUGUACUUUAUCCAAAGAUUAUUUGCCUUGCUUAGUAUGACAUCUGUAUAAUGAGGGUACAAUUAGUUUAUUGAAAAUUUAUGUAUUUUAAAAUCAUUUUAUUGCAUGUUGAUAUUUAGGUAGCCACGCUGUAGAUUAUUAUUUAUUAGAUAGUUUUCUUGAAAGGUUCACUUCAAAUAUGUCUCGAACUGCUGAAAAUUAAAAAUUAAUGACAGUGAGAUUAUUUUGGAUACAAUGGAACUCAGUGUAAUUAACCUAAAUAUGUAUAACGAAGAAAGGAAAAAAUAUAUAAAAAGUAAAUGCUGUAUGGAUCAUA